UAUGAUAUGAACAAAUACAAUGUAACACAUAAAAAAGGUUUUGAACUAAAAAAAUUAACUGGUGAAUUGACUUUUCUAUAAUUUGCUGAUACUAGAAAUCCAAACACAUGGACCUAGAAGUGGCUGCCAACAGGACACAAGUUGUAGCUGACAUACAUCCCUGCUAUGUAAUAGAGAACUUGAAUUAUGUGUUGACAAAAACACCUUCUGUUAUAUGUGUAUUAUUAUAUAUCUUCCUUGUUUUACUGGCAUUCAUUACGAUUUGUGGAAACCUCCUUGUGAUAAUCUCCAUCAUUUACUUCAGACAGCUGCACACGACUACAAACUCCCUCAUCCUCUCUCUGGCUGUGGCCGACCUGCUUGUCGGGAUUGUUGUCUUUCCUUUCAGCAUGGCCUUCUCCCUCAGCUCGUGUCUGUACCAUGAAGACUUAUUUUGCAAAGUACGGGGCAGUUGUGAUAUAACCCUGAGCACAUGCUCCAUUCUGAACUUGUGCUGCAUUUCUAUUGACAGAUUCUAUGCAGUGUGUCGGCCUCUGACCUACAGAACUAAAAUAAACCAUCGUACUGCUGCGAUCAUGAUCCUGCUGAGCUGGGGUGUUUCUGCGCUGAUUGGGAUUGGUGUCAUAAUUGCUGGGUUAAACAGUGAAGAAUGUGAGGACAGAUGUUUAAUUGAUGUUCUUAUGGCAAACACUAUUGGACCGAUUUUAUCAUUUUACCUCCCAGUGAUUGUAAUGCUCUGCAUCUACCUGAAGAUUUUCAUAGUUGCACAGAGACAGGCUCGCAGCAUCCACAACACAAUCAGCCAGAGCACAAAGUCUGGAGCAACAGUCAGCAAGAUGGAGAGAAAGGCCACCAAGACUCUGGCUAUAGUCUUGGGAGUUUUUCUUCUGUGCUGGUUGCCUUUCUUUCUUUGCAUCACCUUCCUGCCUGUUGCAAACAAUGCAGUCCCUGUCCCUGUGAUUGAGACACUUAACUGGCUCACACUGUCAAAUUCAAUGCUGAAUCCAUUCAUCUAUGCUUUCUUUUACAGCUGGUUCAGAUCAGCUAUCAGAAUGAUCGUCUCUGGAAAAAUAUUUCAAGGUGAUUUUGCCAACUCUAAAUUGUUCUGACCUGUUUAGUAACAAAAUGUCAUGGCGAAAAGUACUAAGAAAACAUCAAUGUAACCCUGACGCAGUGCAUAUGAUUGUAUUUGCAUAUAAAUUGUCCGUUUCUUGGCAUGUACCUAUGGACAUAACCUGUUUAUACAAUUAUAAGUUGUAUAAAACACUAAGGGAUUCUGAAUAGAAGUGUUGAUUAUUAGCAAACCCUGUAAAAUUGUUGUUUAUGUGCACAUUAUGUUUGAAAAUACAAACACAAGUGAGCCAAACAAUAGUCACUGUGGGUCUGUAAAGUCAUUAAGUUGUAGUUUAUUCUGUUUGCUUUAUGAUAACUUUUAUUUUCUUUCCCCUGGCUUAGUUCAUUCU